AUGGGAGUGGACGCGCGCCGCCUCGUGCUCAAAGUCAUGCGCGCAGCUCUCGCUGUUGCGCUGCUGCACGUCAUGAUGGCGGAGCUUCCGCCACCGGGGGAAACCACGGCGAGCGGCGGAGGCGGAAUAGGCGGCGGGGGACGCGAACGAGGGGGAGGAGCUCGUGCGGGGAGAAUGCUAGCGACCGCCGCUGAGCGGAGUUACUAUCCGCGGAGCCACCAUUGGCGGAGUCCGCGCGAAACUAGUACUAAUACUGAGCGGCGUCGGUCGGCGUAUUCGCUGUUCGCUUCCGCGCAGAUCAUAAGAGACGAAGACAUGGCGGUGCUGGCGGAUCUCAAGGCGGAGUGGGGCGCGUUUCCGGGGAGUUCCACGUGGCAGAGGGGCAGAGAGUGCGCGCGGAUGGCGGGAGUGACGUGUGACGAGCAGGGCAACGUGCAGAAGCUUGCGUCCUCUCCUCUCCUCCUCUCCUCCUCUCCUCCUCUCCUCCUCUCCUCCUCUCCUCCUCUCCUCCUCUCCUCCUCUCCUCCUCUCCUCCUCUCCUCCUCUCCUCCUCUCUCCCCUCUCUCCUCUCCUCCUCUCCUCCUCUCCUCCUCUCCUCCUCUCCUCCUCUCCUCCUCUCCUCCUCUCCUCCUCUCCUCCUCUCCUCCUCUCCUCCUCUCCUCUCUCCUUCUCUCCUCUCCUCCUCUCCUCCUCUCCUCCUCUCCUCCUCUCCUCUCUCAUUCUCUCCUCCCCUCUCCUCUCCUCCCUCCUCCUCUCCUCCUCUCUCCUCUCCUCCUCUCCUUCUCCUCUCUCCUCUCUCCUUCUCUCUCUCCCCUCUUCUCUCCUCCCUCCUCCUCUCCUCCUCCUUUCUCCUCUCUCUCCUCUCCUCUCUCCUCUUAA